CUUCCACUUCAUAUAUAUAUAGACCUUUUAAUUUGGUCCCCUGUUUCAAUUCCAGAUGAAGUCCAUUGUAACAAUAGUGGUUCUUGCAGUUGCCAUGUUACUUUCUAUAACAGGUCCCCACAUUGUGAGACUUGAAGCAGCUAGACAUGCACCACCUCCUCAUCCACCCGUGAAUUGCACGCACGAAAUUGAUUGUUGGAAGAAUGAAGCGUGUGGCCAACCCAACUGUAGCUGCACGUGCAAGAACCAAACUUGCCGUCCAGAGUGCUAUGAUGGGCCGCCCAGCCCAUCUCCAAUAGCACCACCAUGCACAACCCAAUAUGAGUCGGUAUAUGUCAAGCCUAUUAACUACGGCUAAAGUACAUAUAUAACCAUAUAAAACUUCAUACUAGAUAUAUAU